AUGUCCUGUCCAUUGGCAUGCAAUUUCGUCCUUCCUAGCUACCUUCACCUGGAUGCCAGGUUUACCAGUAGUAUCUUUAGUCAUGAUCCUAUGGUAGAAAACAACAUUGACAAGAGUGGAUAUAUGGAGGACAUCAGCCAUGGAGGCAAGAGCAGAGUAUUCGCCAAAUCUCCCCCCCUCCCUAUGUCAGUCCAGUAUCCCCACCAAGAAAAAAUAGAUGAUGAUUGGAAUGCUGUAUGGUACAAAUCUAUCAUUACCUCCGCCAAGAAAAUCAAUGAUGAUUGGAAUGCUGUACAGUAUGAAUCUAUGAUGAUGGUCCCAGACACCACGUUUGAUUUUUCCCGAAGAGCAAGACCCGGACCUUGGCAACUCAUGUGGAUAACUUCAACCAGUCUACAUGUAGCUCGAAUGUACUUCAUUGGUAACAUGAUUCAAGAGUAUGAAGCUGAAACUAGAGAAGUAUGA